AUCUUUGUCACGUGACGUGUUUGGAUCAACAUGGCAGCCGCCAGACGUUUCGGCAUGGAAGUCCCAGCUGAAAACGCGAACGACGCGUGGCCGAAGUGGAAAAUCGGACUGGCAGUGGGUGUUCCCGUAGCAGUAGUGCUGGGUGGUCUUUGGUAUGCCAAACAGCGGGGAAGAAAGCAAUCCAAAGAGAAGAAAGACGAAAAUGAUAGUAGAACCGAAACGUCCAAAGCGAAAGCAGCCAAUUCAGCCUCACCAAGUGGCAAUGUUCCAGAGAAGCCUGAAAAGGAAUUAUCACCUAGUGAGCAGGCACAAGCGGAGAAGAAUAAGGGCAAUAAAUACUUUAAAGGAGGAAAGUAUGACCAAGCCAUUAACUGCUAUACGAACGCCAUCCAGACCUGCCCCGAGGGCGAAAAAGAGGCCCUGGCCACAUUCUACCACAACAGGGCUGCCGCCUAUGAGAAGCUGAGAAAUGUGAAAAUGGUGAUCGAGGACUGUAAUGAGGCCCUGCGACUCAAUCCAAAAUAUCAGAAGGCUCUGAUGCGAAGGGCGACAGCGUGUGAACAAAAAGGGGAAUUAACUCAGGCCUUGGAGGAUGUGACAGCGAUAUGUAUCCUCGAGGGCUUCCAGAAUCCCCAGUCCUUGAUGACAGCAGACCGAGUCCUGAAAUCUCUGGGUCAGACCAAGGCCAAAGAAGCGUUUAAGAAGAGAAAGCCUAUGAUGCCUUCCCGACAUUUUAUCCGUACUUAUCUAAAUUCCUUCCUGAACGACCCAGUAAUAAAUGCGGCUAAAGCCCUCGCAGAACAGCAAAACGGGCAUUCUGAGGAUAUCAGCAGCUACCAGGUGGCGCUACAGAAGCUCGGGGCCGAGGAGUUUGAUGACAUCAUUGAUCUCUGCUCAAAGGAAAUUUCAGCGAGUCUGACCAAUGAGAUUGAAGCACGGCUUCUGAGGGGAACCAUGUACUUCCUGUGUAACCAACAGAAAGAGGCUAUGGAGGAUUUCAAUAAGGUGUUGGCAGCGGAAAUUCUGGAUAAAAGGGUGAAGGUGAAUGCCCUGAUCAAGAGAGGAAGUUUGUACAUGCAGCAAGAGAAACACACCGAGGGCCUGGACGACUUUGCAACUGCCGUCAGAAUUGACCCGGAUAACAUCGAUGUAUACCAUCACCGGGGACAUCACAACAUCCAAAUGGACAGAAUGGAUGACGCUAUUAGGGAUCUAGAGAAUGCCAUCAGUAAAUGCACGACCUUCGCUCCCUCUCAUGUCCAGAAAUCCUUCGCCGAACACAAGAAAGCUGCCUCUCAGAUGGUGGGGAUGAACCUCCCCCUCCCCCAGUCGGUGUUGCAGUCCUAUAAAGAGUGCGUAGACAUGUUCCCAGAAUACGGAGAUGCCAGGGCACUCUACGCACAGGCCCUUGGUGAUGCCGGAAAGUUUGAGGAGGCAGACCGAGAGUUUAAUAAAGCAUUGGAGCUGGAACCUGAUAAUGCUACAGCUCUUGUACACAGGGGAUUGUUGCAAUUACAAUGGAAGCAAAAUUUGCAGGAAGCAACAACUGUAAUAAAUAAAGCCAUUGAGCUGGACCCUAAAUGUGAAUAUGCAUAUGAAGUUUUAGGAACCUUGGAGGUGCAGAAAGGACCAGGGAGUAUGGUAAAGGCCAUAGAGCUGUUCCAGAAGGCCAUAUCCCUUUCCAGAACAGAAUCAGAAAUGGCACAUCUCUAUUCCCUGUCUGAUGCCGCGAAGGCACAGUUAAAUGUCGCAAAGAAUCUGGGCAUUAAUCUGCCUAAUCUGGCUGCCAUGAACAGUUGAGUUAUAUAACUUGACAGGCUACGAUUUAAAACCAUUACAAUUCUGUGAUCUUUUUGUAUUUUGUUUGACAUUAAUGAUAUGUGUGACAGUGAAGAACUGCGCUGACAAAAAUCACUGAAUGAUAGAACUAUUCCACUGUAGCUUUGUGUGUGAUGGUCUCGGACAUUUCAUUUUGAUAAUAUGUUGGUCAACUUUUAUAGUGAUUCAUGAGUUGUACUAUUCCAGUUUUUUUAAUAUUCUAUCAAGAUCAGUUACAACAUAUUGUAUAGGCAAUUUUAUCAUUUAUCAUGCAAUGUUUGUCAUUAAAAAAUUCACUAAAGCCCGGAGAGGUCUGAGAGCUUUUUCUGUAUGUUAUGAGUUUGUGUGGAGAAAUAAACAUCAUAACACCAGU